GGGGUCUCUGAGCGGCACCAUGAGCACCACUCACUCCAGGCUCUGAUUAGGCAGGGACAGAAGGGCCCAGUGUCCCCACUGCCAGGCUUCGGCUGCCUCCUGAGGCAGAUGGUGGUUUGUGAACUGUGCCACAGAGCGCAGUGGGGAGCCAACACAGCCUGUUGCUCAGGGCUUGAAAGAGAAAGAAGGGACGUGGAGGGCCAAUGGCUGAUUGGAGCGUGCCACUCAGCACCCUGGGGGAAGCCGCCCUGGCCAGGCUCUCCGAGCUCCUGGACAGCUCCACCCGGGGCUGGCGAAAGCUGGCUGAAGUCGCUGGUGCGGAGAAACACUUCAAAUUCAGUGAGGAGGAGCUGGAAGUAUGUUCCCUGAAGGUCCUGGAGGCCCGUGGGAGCCCCAGCCAGCACCUCCUGCAGCUGCUGUCUGAGCGAGACUGCACCCUUAAGUACCUGCUCUGCUGCUUAGAAAAGAUGGGACACACCGAGGCCUUCCAGUUUGUCAGCAGUGUUGUCCAAGAAUUCAUCCGGAUCACGGUGCAGCCAGAAUCCCAGGUGGUUACAGAAGGGACUCGCGUGUCCUUGUCCUGCCGGGCAAGUGGGCCACCUGGACUCAGCUACCAGUGGUUCUGUGGGAAGCACGAGGUACCUGGUGCCACCUUUCCUGAGCUGGUGAUAGACCCAGCUACCCUGCAGACCCUGCCUGCCUGGUACAUCUGCCGAGUGAACUGCGGGACCAACUUUUCCUUCUCCAAAUGGGCCCGGGUCCAGGUCAAGAGAAGAAGCAGCCCAGCCUCAGCAUCCUCUCCAGCAAGCGGCUAUUGCCCAACCAUGGUGGGCUUGCAGAUCGUCCAGCAGCCCCAGCCCUGCACCCUGGACGAAGGGAAAACCCUCCAGCUGCAGUGUAUGGCCAUUGGGAACCCCCCACCCCAGUACCAGUGGUUCCGAAAUGGGAUUGUGAUCGAGGGGGCGCGGGACCCCUGCUUCCAGGUGAAGCUGGUGACAACUGCAGAGAGAGGCUGCUACUCCUGCAAAGUGUUCAACCUCUUCCAUGAGUUGUGGAGCAAGGAUGUGGAUGUGGAGAUUGGACCACGGUUGUUCACCUCUGGGACAGGCUGGCAGGAGGGAGAGGCUGGGACUGUCCCAGAGCAGAGUGGCCACAGCCAGCUGUAUGCCACAGACAAAGUGGCCCUGCUGAUAGGGAACAUGACCUACCUGCAUCACAAGCACCUGAAAGCCCCCAUGGUGGACGUGCAUGAGUUGACCAACCUGCUCCGCCAGCUGAACUUCAAGGUAGUCUCCCUGUUGGACCUCAGCAAGGCCGAGAUGCAGAUGGCUGUCAACGAAUUCCUCCUCCUCCUGGACAAGGGCGUAUACGGCUUGCUCUACUACGCCGGCCAUGGCUACGAGAACUUUGGGAACAGCUUCAUGGUGCCUAUCGAUGCGCCGGGAUCCUACACGUCGGAGCACUGCCUGUGCGUGCAGAGUGUGCUGCAGAGCAUGCAGCAGCGGCAAACUGGCCUCAACAUUUUCCUGCUGGACAUGUGCCGCAAGAGGAACCUGAAUGACGACAUCAUCCCGCAGGUGGGAGCGCUGCAGGUCACGGCCAACAUUGUGUUUGGCUAUGCCACAUGUGCUGAUGCAGAGGCCUAUGAGCUCAGCCAGGGAGAGCUCUCCAAUGGGAUCUUUGUCAGCUUCCUGAAGAGGUGGCUGCUGGAGGAUGAGAAGAUCACAGUGCUGCUAGACAAGGUGGCUGAAGACAUGGGAACCUUAGAGAUCACCAGGGGCAGGCAGGCACUGGAGCUACGGAGCAACUUGUGUGAGAGACGAGCCCUCACCGAUCCAAUUAAGCCAUCUGAGGGCCCGGAGGAAGUCUCUGUUAGGAACUUGCAAUGGGUCAAGGCUCAUGUCCUCCCAGAAAGCCGAUACCUCCAGUUUGACUGUGGGGUCCGAGUCCAGCUGGGCUUUGCCGCUGAGUUCUCCAACAUCUUGAUCAUCUACACGCACAUAGUGGUGACACCAAAAGAGAUCACGAGGUGUGAGGCAAAGCUUACGGACAUCCCGGAGGAGCUGGAUGUGGAUUUGAAGUUCACCAACAAGGAGAGCCCAGAGGAGAUGGGGAGCACUCUCUCCCAGGCCUCAAGCACCCACUUCCCAGACUGCUGCCUCUACAGCCGGCUCUGUGGCCUGCAGAAGCUGAAAAAGGAACUGACCUUCACCAUUUGCCUGCAGUACCAAUACCGAGGAAUUGAUGACUUUAUUGAGGAGAGCCAGUCAGUAAAUAUUGGGAAGCCACUGAUUGCAAAGCUCAACCUCUGUGUCAGUGAUGGGCCAGGGGGCUUUGCAAGUGCCCACUCUCCACUGGUUGGCAUGGAUGUGUGUGCAGAUGUCUUUACUGGCUCUUUCCAAAGCAUUGGGGAGACCUCACAGUCGCCGGCUGCUUCUGAUGCCUGCAGGAGUCUCCCUUCUGGCUCCCGCGUUGGCAGCUGGUGUGGCGAUGAUACCCAGUGGGUGAACACCCCCGAGGAGAACCUGAGUCCUGAGUUCCCAGCCUCUAAUUCCGUGUAGACCUUGCCAUUUGGCCAAAGC